AUGGGAGGUGUCGGCAAAACUACCCUUGCCCAGCUUGCCUACCACGACGACAGAGUGAAGAAUCAUUUUGAUCUGAGGGCUUGGGUUUGUGUUUCUGAUGAUUUUGAUGUUUUGAGGAUAACAAAAACGCUUCUACAGUCAAUUGCUUCUUAUGCCCGUGAGAUCAAUGAUCUAAAUUUGCUUCAAGUCAAGCUGAAAGAGAAAUUGUCUGGAAAGAAGUUUCUGCUUGUUCUAGAUGAUGUCUGGAACGAGAACUAUGACAAAUGGGAUAGGUUGUGCACCCCUUUACGAGCAGGGGGACCCGGCAGUAAGGUUAUCAUCACUACUCGCAACAUGGGUGUCGCGUCACUUACCAGAACGGUUUCGCCUUACCCCCUGCAGGAGCUGUCAAAUGAUGAUUGUCGGGCUGUGUUUGCGCAGCAUGCAUUGGGAGCAAGGAACUUUGAAGCUCAUCCGCACGUGAAAAUAAUUGGAGAGGAAAUGGUGAACAGAUGCAGGGGCUUGCCUUUGGUCGCAAAGGCCCUGGGAGGCAUCUUGCGAAAUGAACUAAACCAUGAGGCAUGGGACGAUAUAUUGAAGAGUAAGAUAUGGGAUCUACCAGAAGAGAAAAGUGGUGUUCUUUCAGCUCUCAAAUUGAGCUAUCAUCACCUCCCAUCUCAUCUGAAGCAGUGCUUUGCUUACUGCGCUAUUUUUCCCAAGGGAUAUGAAUUCAAAAAGGAUGAAUUAAUCCUUUUAUGGAUGGGAGAAGGAUUUCUGCAGCAAACAAAAGGGAAGAAGCGAAUGGAGGACUUAGGUUCCAAAUACUUCUCAGAGUUGUUAUCAAGGUCAUUCUUUCAACAAUCAAGUGACAUAAUGCCGAGAUUCAUGAUGCAUGAUCUCAUCCAUGAUUUGGCUCAAUCUAUUGCCGGAAAUGUAUGUUUCAAUUUGGAGGAUAAGUUGGAGAAUAAUGAAAAUAUUUUUCAAAAGGCUCGCCAUUUGUCAUUCAUUCGUCAGGCCAAUGAGAUCUUCAAAAAAUUUGAAGUUGUCGAUAAAGGGAAGUAUCUUCGAACUUUUCUAGCUUUACCUAUCAGUGUAUCAUUUAUGAAAAGUUUGUCAUUCAUAACUACCAAGGUGACACAUGACCUCUUAAUGGAAAUGAAAUGCUUACGGGUACUAUCUUUAAGUGGCUAUAAGAUGAGUGAGCUGCCGAGUUCAAUUGAUAAUUUGAGUCAUCUACGAUAUCUCAAUCUAUGUCGCUCUUCAAUUAAAAGGUUACCUAAUUCAGUAGGUCAUCUGUAUAAUUUACAAACCUUAAUAUUACGAGAUUGUUGGAGUCUCACUGAGAUGCCUAUGGGGAUGGGAAAUUUAAUCAACCUUCGACAUCUUGAUAUUGCUGGGACAAGUCAAUUACAAGAGAUGCCCCCACGAAUGGGCAGCCUGACAAAUUUGCAAACAUUGUCUAAGUUUAUUGUGGGGAAAGGUAAUGGGUCGAGCAUACAAGAAUUGAAGCACUUGUUGGAUCUUCAAGGAGAACUUUCCAUUCAAGGAUUGCAUAAUGCGAGAAAUACUCGAGAUGCAGUGGAUGCUUGUUUAAAGAAUAAGUGCCACAUUGAAGAACUAACAAUGGGAUGGAGUGGUGAUUUUGAUGAUUCACGAAAUGAAUUGAAUGAAAUGCUUGUGCUCGAGUUGCUGCAACCUCAAAGAAAUCUGAAAAAGCUCACAGUUGAGUUCUAUGGAGGACCAAAAUUCCCAAGCUGGAUAGGGAAUCCUUCAUUCUCAAAAAUGGAGUCCCUGACCCUUAAAAAUUGUGGAAAAUGCACAUCGCUACCGUGUCUUGGACGACUAUCUCUACUCAAAGCCUUGCGCAUUCAAGGAAUGUGUAAAGUUAAAACCAUAGGUGAUGAAUUUUUUGGGGAGGUCUCUCUUUUCCAGCCUUUUCCAUGCUUGGAGUCUCUAAGGUUUGAGGAUAUGCCAGAAUGGGAAGACUGGUCUUUUUCUGAUAUGGUUGAGGAAUGUGAAGGAUUAUUUUCUUGCCUUCGAGAGCUUAGAAUAAGGGAAUGUCCCAAACUGACUGGAAGCUUGCCCAAUUGCCUACCUUCCCUGGCAGAGCUCGAAAUUUUUGAAUGUCCAAAGUUGAAGGCUGCACUUCCAAGACUUGCAUAUGUUUGUAGCUUAAACGUUGUAGAAUGUAAUGAGGUUGUGUUGAGAAACGGGGUUGAUCUGAGCUCCCUCACUACGCUAAACAUUCAGAGAAUUUCCAGAUUAACUUGUCUAAGGGAAGGAUUUACCCAGCUGUUAGCAGCCCUUCAAAAACUGGUGAUAAGAGGAUGUGGGGAGAUGACGGCUUUGUGGGAGAACAGAUUUGGAUUAGAAUGCCUCCGGGGUCUUGAAAAGUUGCCCCAAACUGGAGUCAUUUCCAGAGAUGGGCUUGCCACCGAUGCUGAGAAGUCUCGUGCUGCAGAAAUGCAAGACUCUGAAGUUACUACCUCACAAUUACAACUCAGGUUUCCUUGA